CUAAAAGCCACAAGAGAACACAGAUGUGAGAAAGGAAUGUUUGUUUUUCUCCAGUACCUUUGCAAGAGUUAUUAAAACACCAGCAGAGAAAAAGUUACUAUGGAUUCUACAGACCUCCAUCAGGAUCUAAAUGCAACCAUUUUCAACACGUCCUGUGAUGUGUACAUCUACCAGGAGACUGCAAAAAUCCUUUUUCCAAUAUUUUACACCAUAGUAUUCCUCGUCGGCAUCUCCGGAAACAUACUCGUCCUUUAUGUCACUUUGCAGAAGCAGCAGAAAUUCAAUUCGACCACUCUAUACCUGACCAACUUGGCCAUCUCUGAUACCUUGUUUGCUCUGGCAUUGCCAGGGAGAAUCACCUACUACAUAAGGGAAUUUGACUGGCCCUUUGGCGACCUCAUGUGUAGAUUCAGCACAGUCAUCUUUUAUACAAACACCUAUACUGGCAUUGCAUUCAUGACCUGUAUAAGUGUUGACCGUUACUUUGCAAUGGUGCAUCCUCACCGCCUCAUUAAAUUCAGAAAGGUCGAGGUUGUGAAAGUCAUCUGCGGGCUAGUGUGGCUGUUGGUGUUUUUUCAGACAGCACCUUUACUUUUUAGGAAUUUGCUUGGAAGCAAUCAAGGCAAAAAGACAUGCAUGGAAUACUUCAAUUUCGAAGGGUCCCCAUUUCUACCUUAUUUGCUUUUGCUGGCUUGUACCAUCAGUUUUUGCAUGCCGCUGGGAGUUAUUCUGGGUUGCUAUUCCAAAAUCAACCUUAAACUGUCCAAAACCGCCAAGCAAAACCCAAUGACUAGCAGAUCUGGCCGCAACAGAAGAGCCAACAAUAUAAUUCUUGUGAUUCUUCUUACAUUUGUGCUGUGCUUUAGUCCCUAUCACGUAAACCUCAUGCAGUUUAUGGUCAGGAAGAUACUCUACCAACCUUCGUGCGAGGAGUUAAAAGCCUUCAAGAUGUCCCUUCAGGUCACUGUAUCCAUGAUGAACAUAAACUGCUGCUUGGAUCCCAUCAUCUACUUCUUUGCCAUUAAAACAUAUAAACAAAGAGUAAUUAGCUUAUUCAAGGGGUACCUUUCUAUGUCUACUCUUUCUUCAAAAACUGUUUCUGAUAACAGCAGCAGUAAUAGUUGAACUGGAAGUGGGGAACAUUGAAACAUCUGAUGACUCAUCUUCUGAUGAAGUCAUGGGGUUUCAGUGUACAGAGCCUGACAUCACCUCAUACUCCUGAUGCACUGUGAGGGGCUCUGUGUACCAUUCACAGAGGAUCUUUGUAUGUAUCAUUUGUUCAUGUAUGUCCUUUAACAAAAUGAUAAGCUAGAUAGGCGUUUUUCAUGUAAACGUAUUUUGGUUUAUUUUCUUACAUUAAAAAAAGUUACUUUUUACUGUCCGCAAGGCCAAUUGAUUUUGCAUUGAGAUCCUACUGUAAAUACAAUCUUUCGCUUUUUAUAACAAAAUAAACACACAUUUUUAGCAACACCAGCAAAUGGGUAAAAGAAACCUUCAAAAUCAGUGGUAUUGCAGUUUCUAAAUGCAAAAGAUAUUUCAGCUCACACGUAAAAGCUGAAAAAGCACAAGAAGAGGAGACUUGUGCUAUUGAGAUGUUUUGACCAAGUGGUCUCUUCCUUGCUUUUUUAAUACAUGAUAGGAAAGUACAGUAGUGGCAAAUAAAUUUAAAUCUUAUUAUAAAGGUUUUGUACAAUAAAUGCAGAUCUGUUUAAGAAAAGACUGAUUCCAAUGUUAAGGUGUAAUGUGAAGAGCAAUAUUAAGGAAAUUCAGAUCCUAUGGUUUUUGUAAAUGUUUUCUUAUUCAUUGUUGAUUGCAAUGAAAAGCAUACAUUUUGAUUUUUUUCUGUGCAAAUACAGUACAUUAUGUUCAAAUGUCUUUGUAAAGGACAGUAGGACAGUUCAGAUCCUUAGAAGUUGGAUCCACAUGCUUUAGAUUUGAGGAUUUGACACCAGACCCUUAGAAGCAAGUCUCUAUGGUAUUGUAUUGCAUAUACUGUAUAAUUGUAUCAUUCAACAUGUGGAAUAUUGUGUACCUCAGUAUUGCAGUUUUACAAUCUAUCAUAAAAAUA